ACUACCCAUUGAAAGGUUCCGUAAGUGACCUUUAUUUUAUUUAUAUCCGUUAACAGGUACAAUUAUUAGCCAUAAUUACACGUUAACGGAUUUAUAAAACAAACAAUAACAGGCUAAGUUCAGAUUCUCUUGGUCUGGUGGCUUCCAGAAAAGUAGAUUUCUGCCUUUCCCACAUAUUUGGAAACUUUCCAAAGCCUAAAGAGCAAAUGUAACAUGCUAAGAACCCAUCACGGUGUUAAAUGGUUCUUUGUCAAGCAAUGGUUCAACGUGGAACCACACAAACUAGUAAAGUUACAUUAAAGUGACAUUAAUGACCCGCCGAUUUUGAUAGUGUUCAAAGGCGCAAAGUCCGGAAACGGCAUUUACCGUCUCUCAUCAAUCAAAUUCUGGGGUCUUGGGGAGGCAGAAUUAUAUUCUGCACUGAGAUUCAUGAUGGCAUCCAACCAUGGUCGGGAGGCCAUCUCAUCGCACUGUCUGUUCGCUGUCAAACAGAAAAUUUAUAUAGCUUUCAGUCAACUUGUAAUGUGCAGGUCUUUGGGAUGGGGUGACCAAAGCAGGUGAGACAGGCAGUGAACAGCGUGGGAAUCUCCUAGGACUGAUAGGCGUCCACACGAAGCACUGCAAUGCGCUGCUCACCGCCCCCAGGCUAAGCGCUAUUGGAGGAAACCCGGAGACACGCCCACGCGAAGUCGCACUUGCAGUUUCCAAGAAAAUGGAGACAUGUAAUGUAAAUGGAUUGUAUUCCUAGCAUUGUGAGGCACUGCUUGAUCACCUGUUAUCAAUAAAGUAUUAUACAUUUAAAUCUGUCGAGGGACACGCGUUUAUGAAAAAAAAAAAAACUGUUAGAUUCACACAUCUGUUUACUUUUAUAAAUAAGCCUCUUGACUGUGUCCGUUAUGGAAGUUGACAUGAAAUAAAGCUAUCUCAGCACUGAAUAAGCCACACAGGGGCGUUAUCUCGGGGAAACCCUGUGGUCACUUUUUAUUAUUUCUUUUAUUAUUAUUAUUAUACGACCAAUCCACCCCCACCACUACGUGGGAGUCUGCUGAGGCAAUCACAGGCUUUACCAAACAGACGGAAAUGGGGACCCCUGUAACUUCUGCAAACACGAUCGCUUCUCUAUUCUUGUUCUCCUUCACCAAGUUCACUUACUAUAGACCCGUACCAUUUGUAACUGGAAAGGUCGCAGGAAUCUCCGUGGCGCCCACGCACGGUGACUCAAUGAUAAGAGGGAUUUCCAACCCACACUUGAUAUUUGCAUCGGAGGAAGAGGUUAGACACAGCCGGGGCUACCGAGUCUCAAGCCAGGAAAGAGACCACAACUUCAGCACGCACAUUCGGACGCCCCAACUGAGCACCGAAAGAGAAGUUGUGUUUCCCCCCUCCUACUGUGAAGAAGCUGUUGGAACAAAAACGAAAACGAGAGACCACUUCAGCUGGCACUGUGUCACCCACUGCUGGCCCUUCGGCACCAACACCAGUCCAAGCUGCCCAAUCAGAUCUCAGUUCCCUCCCAGAGAGCAUGGGUGCCACAGGUCCACUCCCACAAGCGGCAUACAGUAGUUGGCAGAGCCCAAUUGCCCAGCAGUCACCUCCAUCCCAGCAGGAGUUCUUCUUCCCAUCAACUGAGGAGUAUUUCUCUAGCCUUUGCCAUGCCGACUUCAGCGCCGUUUCAGAUUGCAGUGUGCCAAUGACCAGCAGCUAUGCCCACACAUCAACUGAAGAGACGUAUACCGGAAUGGUGUCAAUGCACAGUAAUUUUCCGUCUGAAAACUCCUUGCCAGGUUCUUUUGCCUCAUUUGGAAUUAUGGCACCCCACCAAACCCCUUAUCACUGGAAUCCCUCUGUAGUUGGACAGUACCAGACCACAGGUGGCCUUCACAUUUUUGGGACAUCUCAUGUGCAGAUGGAUGCCGGUCAGCUGGAAACAGCCAGGAUGUUUAUUCAGAAGAUGGAUAUCAGUAAGAAGCUUUGGCAAGAUGAAGAUGGUGACACAAUUCUGCACAUCUAUACAGCCAAGGGCCUCAGAGAGUACGUCUAUGCAGCUGCUGAGAUUCUUCGGGAUCUGGGAAAACUGGACUGUAAGGAACACAAAGGGAAGACUCCUUUGCUCGUAGCUGCUACUGCAAACCAUCCAUUCAUCGUUCAGGACUUGCUCUCUUUGGGCUCAGACGUGAAUGCUUGUGACAUCAAGGGGCAAACCGCACUCCACCUUGCUGCCACAUAUGGCUUUCCGGCUGUCAUUCAGGCGAUUCUUUCUACAGGUGUAAAUGUUAACUUGGAAGCUCGUAAUUUUGAAGGUCUGACUCCACUGCACUGCGCUGUCAUUUCACACAGCUCUUCCAUGAAGAUGCUGGCUUCACAAGAUCCAGGUCAACAAACUGAUACAAGUCUUGAAACUCAAGCCCAUGAUAAGCUGACCUGUAUUCAGCUGCUUCUACAAUAUGGAGCAUCUACAUUUAGCCAGGAUAUAAAAAGCAACAAGACAGUACUUCACCUAGCAGUGAAGGAGGGCAAUCUGCAUCUCGUUCAACAUUUGCUGAGCCUCAACAUCCCAGAUAUGUGCAAUUUUGUCAAUAUGAAGGCACACGGGAACACUGCCCUGCAUAUGGCUGCUGGUCUCCAUGGCCACAUUCACCAGGAAGAGAUUAUACGCCUGCUUCUCAGUCAAGGAGCUGAUCCAAGUAUCCGUAACCUGGAAAAUGAUCAGCCAGCUCACCUUCUACAAGCUGGAGAAAGAGGAGAGAAGCUUAAACACAUCCUUAAAAGAGGAAGAAUGAUGUCAUCAUCUCGUCGUCGCAUCGUAUCCUUAUAGGACCAAGAGAGACUCGGACUAUUGUCAGUCCCCACUGUAACCCUAUUAAUAGAAAUGUAGGGAUGUCUGUAUUUCCUCAGUUGAAACAGUUUCCACAGAUACACUUUAUUUAUUAUGCAUUCAUUAGAUGUGCUAAGUUAUAAUAUUUAUUUUUUGAAAAAUAUCUUUUGCUUUUAUUGGAAAGCUUGCAAUUUGCCAUACAUUUUGCAGUGGGUGAAGUCACUGCUAACAGUGUGUACGAUGUGCACGUAGUUUAUAGUUUUUGGCAAAAGUCAAAAGGAGUACUGUAUGUGUGAUUUGUAACAUAAUUAGGGCUUUUAUGUUUCAGUUUAUCACAACAUUCUAAAAUAUCCACUUUACCCAGAAAUGUUCAUGUCUACCUGUGUAUGUUAGCAUCCAUAGAAGACAAUUAUUAGAAUACAAUUUGAGAUGGAGGCUUGCGUUGAUUCAAAUUAGGGAAGUGCACGGCUACCACACUAUACGCUGUAAUCAGCUGAACAAACAUGGAGGCAGCACGAUGUUAAGAUGAAGCAUACGUAAAAUGUACAAAUCUCCUGGUCAUCAAUCGUAUCAGGAAAUGGAGACGAAAGCACCCCAGGAAAGUUGAUUAACAAGAUCAGCAGGACAUUGCAUCAGAUAAAGGUAGCGAUAAUAGACAGUAAGUGAAAUGAUGGCAGAUUAAAGGGAUUUAAAGAGGAACCUGAAUUGGCCUUAUUCUCUCACCACACUUAUUACAAUAUUUGUAAUAAGCUGGGAACAAAAUACAACAAAACUGUCACCCCCGUAAUCUUGUUCUGUUAUUUAUGCCUCGUUACCACACGUCAUGUACUGUGUAUUUGCCCAACUUUUGCUACUAUUUUUGCAAAACGUCAGUAAUUUUCAAUUGAUUUGACUCACGUAGCCCUUUGUCUGGUGCAAAAUUCACCCAUUUAAAUCUAUUUCUAGCCGUGCAAUCACAUUAAAUAUAUGUCAAACAUGAAAGACCUCACUGCCUUUGUUUGACGCAAAGAGAAAAUGAUGAGAAGAUUAAAGAAUUUCAUGUGAUUCUGUAAGUUCAUUUUAUAUGUUCAUAUACACACAUCACAUAUCUGCAAACCCAUGUGGAUGUUUGCGUAAUUUUGAUUUCUGUGAAAUCGUGUUUUGUUUUUUUUUUUGUCUUCAAAUGAUGCAGUCUUCAUUUUGGUCUCUGUGCACAACCCAGUACACAAUUCCCAGUGUGAUAAUGAUCAUAUUGGUCAGAAUGGGAGUUGUCAUCUAAAUAAGCACUAGUUACGCUGCAUCAGGGUAACAGUGCCUGACACUUUGUACUUUUUUAUUUAUUUCAUUGUCACCUGCUGUCAAUGUUAAUUCAGACGUCCAUAUGAACUAGAUCACUUAUUUGUUUCCUGUGUGUGUUUUUUGUUUUUGUGUUUGUUACUAAUUGGUGCACAGUUGCCAAUUAAGAGUUCGAAGACCAAAUGCAAAUCUGUAUUUAAUACUCAGUUUAUAACUACACUAGUUUACUGUACGCCUGUUCUGUGUCUAUUCAUCUCUGAAGGGUACUUUCAUAUGUAUGUUUUAAAACUAUUUAAUCCUCUAGCUUGAAGAGUCAUGGUGUUAUUUUAUGAACUGAAGAAAAUAUAAGCUUUUUGUUUUCAAGUCCCAUAUUCUUGUCUUCUUUCUGUAUUUGAUGAACAGAUCCACACAGAGCACUCUUACCAUGUGUCAUAUGAAGUUUCAAGUUUUCACUUCAUUUAAAAGCAUUUUGCUUAAAAUGAAUGUAAUUUUCAUUUAAAAUCACUCUCUGGUGUAUGUGAAUACAAUGGUUCAAUGCUCCUGUAUGUGUGACAAUAAAAGAGAGCUUUUAACGUGGAAUUAAUGUAGCCGAUGGAAUUCUGGUGAUGACUACCAGUUGAAGUUUUUAUUGAUUGCUUUUCAAUCAGAUUUUCCAGGAACUGCCUCAGUGCCACUCCUUAAGUGUCAAGAGCAGGCAGCAUGGCGUACGUAGCAGCUUAGCCGCUGGAGUUGAAAUCGCAGGGCUGUCUGUUUAACUCAGACCUCCAGCCAGCUGGGUCAUCCUGCCGGUGCUCAUUUUGUCAAAUGUUUGUUUAUGAUUGUAACAUGUCACGCUCUUGUAAGGAAUCUUGGGCCAACAUGUCUGUGAAAUAUGUAAUAAUAAAUAUUUGCAUUGACUUGCA